GUGUUUUGUCUUUUUAAAUGCAAAGGCAACCUUUUAACUAUGAUAGGUAAAAUAUAUCAUACUUUAUGUUGUUAAUUAUUAUAAGAAAUGAUGAAAGAAUGCACGACAAUAUGUAUAUUUUGUCGAAAUAAUAUGUGGUGUGUUGAUAGCCUCGUUUCCGUGCAAAAAUGGCGGCUCCCAUAUUUCACACUGAUUUUCACCUUUUAUUUCAUUUUCAAAGAUAUAUAGCGUAGUUUAUGCUUGUAUUUAAAGUUAUUUUGAAACCAUAUUAUUGAAAUUGUUCUUAUUACGGAUUAUCUUCGAUCAGAUAAUAAGAUUUUAACGUUAAUUUCGAUAUGUCAACAGAGGAAAUUCGAAAUGUAUAUUGAAUUGAUUAUGGUAGGCGAUUUACAUAUUGUAAUGGCAUUCAUUUACUACUUUCAACAGAUCAAGAGUAUGUCAAAGAGUUCUCAUCUUUGUGAGGUACUUGAAAGGCAAAGAGCGGGGUUUUGUGUUCCUAAACUUUCCUUUGUCAGGAAAAUUUUGGAUGGCCGUUUAGCCAGCAAAACAUGUUCAGAUAAUGCCAGAAAAUUACUGAGCAUUUUUGACAAAUUUGUUAAAGAGAUUUAUGAUGAUAACAACUAUCUAAAAGCUAGAGAUAUUUUUGAAAUAAAGGUAGAAGACUACCUGUAUCAGGAAACAGAGUUCAUUGAAACUUUGAUAGAAGAUAUCACGGACGAAAUUUUUUUCAAACGUGAAAAGAAACUCAUUGGACUAUUAGAUAUCCCAAGCAGCAUUUUUGAAAUAAAUAGGGCUUUAAUUGAAAAUCGAGGAGGAAAAAUGACAAUUCUGGAUGACUGUAAUGAUAUCUGUUAAAUAACACCCCCCCCCCCCAAAAAAAAAAUGCCACUCAUAACCAAUAAAGAUGCCGUAAACAUGUUUGAAAAAAUGAAAAAUGACAAUGUUCCUCUAUGUAAAAUUGACCAAAUUUUUAAAGACUAUAUAGGAGAAAAUGAAAUUAUUAAUGCAGAUGCUUUAGUAAGGAAAUUAAGACGCACAAAUGAAAACUUAAAGAAAAAAAAGGGGAAAUACAGAACCGAUUUUGAAGCUUUAAAUUUUGAAAUUCCUGUAGGGACAGUAACACGAGGUGUUAAAAAGCCAAUUAUGGCACAAUUCGAGUCUGAAGCAGUUAAUUUAACAUUGAUGUCUUUGAGCAACACAUUAAAAGAACAAAAUGAAAAAAUUAAGCAUAGAGAACUUCUCUGUGAAGAAGAAAUAGAGGCGUCAAAACAUUUACAGCAAAAUAAAUUAAAAGAAAUAACAGAAAAAGAAAAAAAAAGAAAAAAAGAGGUUGAUGAAUGGAAAGCAAAAACAAGAAAACUUAGGUAUGAGAAUUUACUACUAAUGAGAAAAAGAAAACGAGAUGAAUUAAAAAUAAAAACGGCUAAAAAGUAUCAAAAACUGGAGAGAGAUUGCUCAUAUUUGCUUACAAAAGAAAAAGAAAGAUGUAAGGAAUUGUUGUCUGAAUAUAAAACUAUGCAGACUGAGCUUACAAAACUACAAUCUGUUCCUCACGAGACAAAACCAGAGGGUAAUGAUGACUCUGCAAAAGAAUUAUUGAAGUUGAAAAGUGAUAUAAAAGCACUGGAACAGGAAAGAGAUUAUUUGUUGAAUUUAUUGGAUGAUGAUGUUGAAAUGAAAAUAUUUGAUGAAGAUUCUGGAUCAUACACCCCCAAGGUUAGAGAAUGUAUAAUGAAAUUGACCUCUCUUAAUGUUGCCACUAAAAACAUCCCAUCAGUUAUUGAAAGCGUUUUAAAGUUAGGAAACAAAGUAGCUAAUAAAUUGCCAUCAAGACAAACAGUAGACAACAUUGUGUGUGAAAAGGUAGCAAUCGGACAAAAACACAUUGGUGUGAAACUGGGACAACAGAAAAACCUUUGUUUGUAUGGAGAUGAAACGAGAAAGAAAGGCAAGACUUACCAAACAUUCCUUGCAAGCAAUGAAGAAAAAGAGGUCUUUUGCCUGGGACUAAGAGACAUGCAUAAUAAAGCAGCCUCAACAACACUGGACACUUUCAAAGAAAUUCUCAACGACAUAUCAUCUGCUUGUGAGGAAAUGAUAAUCAAUGAAGAUGUAUCAGUUGGUCAUACAAUCAUAAGCAACAUCCAAAGUUUCAUGUCUGAUAGGGCUAAAGUAAACAUAUCAUUCACAGAACUUUUGCAGCAGUAUAAAUCGGAAAUUUUGUCUAUUGUUAAAAAGGACUGGGAAGUACUCAGUAAUGAACAAAAACUCAUGUGCAGCAAAGUUAAUAACUUCUUUUGUGCACUUCAUCUACUUGUAAAUAUGGCAGAGUGCACAUCACCUAUUCUCAAAAAGUUUGAAGAUGAACAAGGAAAUUCUGAAUCUAAUGUUGUUGAAGAUCCUGAAACUGACCAGGAAAGUGAAUGUUAUUUUUCAAAAAGCGAGGCUAAAACAUUAACUUUAAUGAGAUGUUGCUCAAAAUGUUUCUCUUGUGGAGGCGAUGAGAAAUGUGGUGCAUUUGCAGAAUUCAAAGUUUAUUGCAGUUCAAGGGAUAAAAAAGUAUUAUUUAUUCCAUUCCGGGGAAACAGGUUCAAUGUAAUCUUUUUUAUUGCUGAGGUAGUUUACUACCACAGAGAGACAAUCAGUACAUUUCUAAACAAUGUUCAUGGAGUUACAAACAAUCUGCACAAGAUAAUUGCUCAUUUAAUUAAGAAUCCAGUUUUCCUUGCUGCCUGCAAGGUGUUGGGAUUAAUAUCAAAAUUAAUAACUGCACCGUUUUGGAGAAUUAUUGAAAAGAACCUCAAUAUUUUAGAUCUUAACACAUAUUUUGAAAGCCUUACUGUAUACCUUGAAAGACAGAGCACAGAUGCAUCAGGAUUUGUGAAUGGAGAUGAGUACCCAUUUGAAGAGAGUUUAAUUGUUAAAGACAAACUUUAUGAAGAACUAGUGAAACCAAAUGAUGAAUUUGAUCAUAUUGCUAUUCAGCUUGCCCAAUUGCUGUUUUGUGGCUUCCAUAAACUUGUUUCUGGCGCCUUAAGAGAACAUUUACCUGGAGGAGCAUACAAUAACCCUUCUGAUAAACUCAAAGAUCAAAGCAAAUCUGUUGUUCCACACAAUAAAAUGAGUGAGAGAGUGUUUGGAAUGUUAGACAACUUUAUAAGUUUUCGCCCAAACGCAUCAACCAUAACAAAUGAGGCAUUCAUCAUGUUUUCAUUUAACAAAACAUCCAAAUGGUUAGAUUCUUUACCAGAUCAAGAAAAACACGAGAUGAUAAGUAAGGGUAUUUCGGAAGGAAGGGAGCUUAGAGCACAAUUUAAAGAGCGGUGCCAUGAUAUUGUUUUAAAGCGAAGACAGCUUUUAGAAGAAAAAAAGGUUGCUCUUGCUAAAAAGGAGCAAAAUUUACUUGCACAGCGGGAAAAACAAACAAAUGAAAUAGCAUAUUAUGGGCUUUGGCAGUCGAGGGAAAGAGUUGAUGCAGCACUUGGUGAGAUUGAGAAGGAGAAUGAGAAAAGGAAAGCACUUGAGGCUCAACUUCGAUUUAGACAAAAGAUGUUGAAGCAAAAACAUGAAAACAAAGAGGUUUUUAAGUUUAGCUCUAAAGGUAAAAAGCAUCCUAUUUCUGUAUUGAGAGAAAACUUGCUGAAGCUUAUAGAUGCUGCUUAUCAUGGCCCAGAUACUGAACCACAAAGAAUUAGGACUCCAUUAUUGGUUGGGAAAAGGGUUACACAUAGAUUUUCAAAUGGCAAUUACAUAGGAAGGGUUAUAAGUGUUGUGCCAGGUUUUGUGAACUUCUAUAACAUUGUGUAUGAUAAUGAUGUGGCAGAAGAUGGAAUUACAAAGUGUGUGUACACUUACAAACUUUUGGAUGAUUAUAAAAAGGGUGAUUUAGAGAUUAUACCAGAGGUAUCAGUUGAAUGUAUGGCAUUUCGGUUGUUUUUCUGUUGUUGAAAGUUUUGGAAAAGACCUUUACAGUUGUGAAUUUCCUACUUCAUGGAAUACUAAAAUUUUAUUUCUUUUUUACUAAAAAACAUUUUGUUUUUAAUUAUUUAUCAUAUGUACUAUUGAAAACUGAUAGAAGUUGCAGGCUUGUCUUCUUUGUUUUGUUCUUAUAGUUGUGGGUUGUUUUUUUUUUUCAAUUCAGACUUCACAUUUCUAUAUUGGUGCUAGUAUUAAUAAUACACUGUAUGAUAAUUAUGAGAAUUGCAUUUACUCUUCAUCACUGAAAAUAAAACUUAAACAUUUCAAUUUAUUAAAGCAAUACAUUUCAUCAGUCCAUUAAUCAUACAAUUUGUUAAAAAUUUAAAAUAUCUUACAAAAUUUAC